AGGCCCGAACUUUCACCCGUACUACUUUGUGCGUGUGUUAGCAUUGGGGAAACGUGAUCUGACAGUGUGUGUUUUACUAUCGAACCGAUAGAAUAAACAGGAAGUCGUGUAGGCGUUACGAGGCACCCGUGAUACCUAUCAAAGCAAUAAAGACACGUUUAGCUCUUGUUUGUACUCUAUUAUCCGAAAAGUGACGCAGGUAUCGACGAGAACUAACUUUGCAGUGAGGCUGGUGCUGUAUUUAUGUUGACAUCGUACACACACCAUCGAACCAGUGACAGUGAAGAACACGUCACAAUAUGAACCGCUUACUGCUCAUAUGUUUCGUUAUUCUUGUGCUGCUCGGGGCGAUCGCCGAGGCCAGACGUGGUGGGCGGAAAAGGGGAAAGAGUGGUAAGCAAGGCGGAGCGGAGGGCGUUGACCAAUCAAGUCAGACACGAAAAGAACGCCGGCGAGACAAGCAAGCACGGGAACGUGGCGGGCGACGACGUCAAAAUGAUGACGCAAAGGACUGUGGUCCGUGGAUCUGGGAUGCGUGUAUGCCCAGUGAAGGUGAAUGUGGCAUGGGGGUGAAGGUAGGAACACGAGAAGGACCUGACUGCAAAGUGUUGUCAAAGACAAAACGAUGCCAAGUGGCCUGUGGGAGCGACAGGCAGAAAAAAGAAUGCAAAUACACCGUCGGUGAACUUGCGGAAUGUGACUCUUCCAUUGGAAGCAGAAAUGUAGUGUUACGGCUGAAGAAAGGAAAUCCAGACACAUGUCCGGUGGAGAAGACAAUAACAAAGAGAUGUAAACGGGACAAAAAUAAGAGGGGGUGUAAAUUCGAAAAAGGAGAUUGGGGACUGUGUGACACACCGACUGACACAAGAGUUCGCCUAGAUACGCUAGUAGAAGACAAGACAGAAGAGCAGGAAUGUUCCACGGAAAGAGUCAUAGUCAAGAAAUGUAGUUUUGGCUGCAAGUACGAAUGGUCUGACUGGGGUGAGUGCGACGAGAAUUCAAGGACGAGGUCACGUGAGGGUGUGAUAAUGCGUAAGAGUAGUCCACCAGCAGAUUGUCCCUCAACGACAACACAGUCGCGGUUGUGUUACAAUAAAAAAGGCGUAGAGAAAUGUUUCUUCGGGCCAUGGGAAAAAUCUAAAGAAUGCGUGGAUGGUAUGAGGACUAAACGGCGUCAGGUAUUAGCUGGUGGAAAGCGAUGCGAAAAGAAAGCCACGUCAAAUCGGAAGUGCAAAGCAUGAGGGGGGAUUUAAAAUUGAACAUUAUAGACAUAAAAACAAAAUUUGUACUUUUUUAUUGACUCCUUUUACAUGAUAUUCUGGGUUUUUUCAAAAGAAAGACUUUUUUCGUGGGAUGUUCACGUACGUCAUGUCAUGGCUGAUCAACUGAACACGCCACACCCGUUUCCAUGUCCGUCAUAUACACAUAUUUUGAUUACAAGUGCAUAUGUUAAUUUUAUUCGUACUAUUUUUUAUUUUACUCAACAUAUACUCACAGUGACAUCAGUAAUUAUUAUUGUAGACGUCUUCAAAUUCACGUGACCAGAGUGUCACCGGUAUUUCCGUAUUACCGAUGUAUACGUUUUUAAGUUAACAGGAAUAGUAUCCAAAUCAUUCAUUUUUAAAGGUACUUUCGUUCCACGUAAUAUAAUUGUUAUUUAAAAACCAAAAAAAAAAUGAAAAAGUUCACAAUAAGUAAAUAAGUUGAUGGGUGAACCAUUAUUUCUGCUAGGGGCACAGCAUGGCAUUUACGGGAACCAUGAUACGCGCAUAUCACAUCAUCACUUGAUUACGGGCCAUGUUUAUCUCAAUCAAAAUGGCCGCUCCACACCGUCAAAAGUACCCGGAUAUAAAUACACCGGGGUCAGGCAAAGGUUAUAGGAAUGUUCUCCAUCUAUUACGCUGUAAAUAUGUCACACUUAUUUAGGUUUUGCACAUAUGCUCAUGCGCAGUGAUUGGUUUAAGCAUAAAAACAACUUGAAGUCGUUCAUACUUGAAGAUUAAAUAAUGGUACUGUUCAAUGUGUCAAUUAAAUUUAUGUACGUACCUCUUAAUAAAUAAAACAUUUCAUGAGUGAAGUAGAUUGCUAGCUACGUGCUGGCCAGUAAGCAAUAAUUGUUGUCAGACAUUCGCAUGCUAAUUGACCAAAAUGUAAACAAAUGACGUCACAGUGUGACGGCCUUUACUAUCAGUAAAUGUAAAACAGUUUAAUUUAAUGUAAAACAAUUAAAAACAAAAGAGAAAACAUGCAAUAAAAGAGUGAACACUUGCUU